AUGGUAAUCUCCAUGGCGCAUUUCAAGCUACGAAUCGAGUCCGUGAAUCUGCUGACUGUUGAACUGCAAAAGGACAGAAGACAGACACCUAACAAGGCGUCUACUUCGGGAUCGCUGCACACCUUUAUACUAGAGUGCUAUAUGCGUCAGGCUCUACUUCUUUCUCAAUUCGAGAAACAUACUGGAUGA